AUGUCUAAUAACUCAUCAUUUAAUAACUUGGAGGACUAUGUCAAUAGGUUUGACUACCUUCAGAGACAGAGCUCGAUUAAUAAGAUCUUUGAAUCGUUGAUGGGUGCACCACAAGCGUCACAACCAUCGUUGGGAUCAUUGACAGCAUUCCAAUCAUCUGGUUCUCUGUCGGCAGCCUUCCAAUCAUCCGGUUCACUCUCUGCCGCGUUCCAAUCAUCAGGUUCACUCUCGGCCGCGCCUCACUCUACGAGCUCCAGCUCACUGUCUGCAUUCCUCAGUGGAGGUCACUCCUCAUCGUCAAGCUCACUAUCAGCCGCUCUACAAUCAACCAGUUCAAGUUCAUUGUCUGAUGUACUUGCCAAUCAGAGGACUGCAACGAGCAACAAUAUUGUACAGGAUGAUAAUAAUGUACAAUCAACAACUACUACUACUACUACUUCUUCUACUCAACCAUGUGAACAGUUCACAAUUGCAGUACCCGAGCAGACUCAAUGGGAUGUUGCUUCCUCUGCCGCAGACACUGUCUAUGGACUUGGUAUAACUACUCAACAACAACAACAACAGCAGUAUCAACAACAGUACCAACAACAACAACAACAAUAUCAACAACAUCAAUGGAAUCAAACAAUGUCUGAGGAUGCUAUAACUGAUGAUGCAUAUACUACCGGUGACUUCUCGUCUGAUGAUGAUGACGAUGAUGAUGACGACGAUGAUUCAAUCUUGGAAUCAGACAAUGUAAUGACCGAUGAUCAACCAAGCAACCUAUCAAUGUCCACUCCAAAUCUACCAUCCUACCUACAUCCACAGAUGAUGGAGUAUCAUCAUCAACAGACUCAACAACUUAAUCAUCAACAUCAUCAGUACAACUUUAACAACAACAAUGUCACAACACAACCAACCUUCUCAUUCUCCAACUCCAACUUUAACUCAUUCAGUCAACAACAACAGCCAAGUCAACUACAACAAUCAAGUCCACAACAAUCAAGUCAACAAAGCCAACCAAAUAUACAAGUUUCCAAUCAAUCUAUCAACAGUAGUAGUGAAUCAACAUCACUCAAUCUUGUUAGUUCACCUCUGUUUGGUAGUGGAUCAUUCUUGUCACGUCCACUUCCACCUCCAUUAUUUGUUGGUUCCACGACAACUACCAUGCCCACUUCCAUGACAUCAAUGACAUCACCAUCACCAAUGAUGUAUGCACCAACACAGAUAUUCUCAUCACCUUCCAUACCAAUCCAACAAACUACAACUACCACAACAACAACAUCACCAAAGUCUGUUGCAGCUUCUUUAAACACUGGCGCUGGAAGGAUGGAUCAAUCACCUUACAAACGUAGUGACAAGUCACUCAAGAAGAUAUGUGACAUGCUGUUGGAUGUGUUUGCCAAUAGUACCGAUCCCAAGAUCAACCUAGAGUCACUGACCGCCCGUCUACAAGUCAACAAGCGUCGCUUCUACGAGAUAUUGAACGUCAUGGAAUGUCUGGGCGUUGUGGCCAAGGAGGAACGUGACUGCUACCACUGGAAGGGUCUACAGAACAUCACAACAUCACUCUACUCUAUAUUUGCAAUGUCAAUAUUAUUUAUUAGAUUAUUCUUGGUCAGAGAACAAGUAUCGAUACAAGAUGCCAAGGAUACCUACAACCUAACAUCGAUGCCAGCCAAAUGUAAACGACUGUAUGACAUUGCCAACAUCCUAGAUAGUUUGGGCAUCAUCAAGAAGGUGCCCAAAGUUGGUACCAAGCAAUACUAUGUAUGGGCUGCUCCAAUCCAAAUGGUUGGUGACUUUACAGAUAAGUAG